AUGCGUUCCGCCGUUCUGGUCACUCUAGCGGCAACCUACAGCUCAGCUGUCGGUCUGCCGGAAACCUACCAUCUCGAUCGCCGGGAUGACCUUGCGCAUUCACCACCAGUGUAUCCUUCGCCGUGGAUGAGCCCUAAUGCCAUUGGCUGGGAGGAAGCAUACCAAAAGGCCAAGGAGUUCGUUUCGCAACUCCACUUGGAUGAGAAAGUCAACUUGACAACGGGUGUCGGUUGGCAAGGCGAGCAAUGCGUGGGCCAGGUUGGCUCUAUCCCCCGACUUGGAUUUCGCAGUCUGUGCAUGCAAGACUCACCCUUGGGUGUUCGCUUCGGUGACUACUCCUCGGCGUUCCCCUCCGGUCAGACUGUAGCUGCGUCGUUCGACAGAGACCUAUUCUACCGACGAGGACAAGCCAUCGGCGCAGAACACAAAGGAAAAGGGGUCACUGUUGUACUGGGACCAGUCGCCGGACCUAUCGGCCGCACGCCGGAAGGUGGCAGAAACUGGGAAGGAUUCUCGCCUGAUCCUUGGUUGAGUGGAAUUGGCAUUGCCGAGACGACCAAGGGCAUCCAAGAUGCCGGUGUCAUUGCUUGUGCGAAGCACUACAUUGCCAACGAGCAAGAACAUUUCCGCCAAGUUGGCGAGUCCGUUGGCCGCGGCUUCAAUAUUUCUGGGACUCUGUCUUCGAACAUUGACGACAAGACCAUGCACGAGCUUUACCUGUGGCCUUUCGUAGACGUUGUCAAGGCCGGAGUCGGCUCGAUCAUGUGCAGCUACAACCAGGUCAACAACUCGUAUGCCUGCCAGAACUCGAAACUGCUCAAUGGCCUUCUUAAGAGCGAGCUUGGAUUCCAAGGCUUCGUCAUGAGCGACUGGCAAGCUCAGCACAGUGGUGUGGCCAGUGCCGUUGCCGGUUUGGAUAUGACGAUGCCUGGUGACACGGAGUUCAACACUGGUUUGAGCUAUUGGGGAACAAACUUGACGCUGGCUGUCAUCAAUGGCACUGUUCCAGAAUAUCGGAUCGAUGACAUGGCAAUGAGAAUCAUGGCUGCGUUCUUCAAGGUUGGGCUGGAACUGGACCAGCCGGAAAUUAACUUCGAUUCCUGGACCCUGGAUACCUACGGACCCAUUCACUAUGCUGCCAACGAGGGCUUUCAACAGAUCAAUUGGCAUGUUGAUGUACAGAAUGGCCAUGGCGCGCUCAUCCGGGAAGUUGCAGCCAAAUCAACCGUACUGCUAAAGAACGAAGGGGCCUUGCCCCUCAAGAAGCCCAAGUUCCUUGCCGUCGUGGGUGAGGAUGCUGGACCUAGUGCACUGGGCCCGAACGGAUGCGCUGAUCGCGGAUGUGACGAGGGAACACUUGCCAUGGGUUGGGGAUCUGGAACAGCGAACUUCCCUUACCUGAUUGCACCAAUCGAUGCCCUUAACUUCCAAGCAGCUGAUGACGGCACUCGCAUUGAAGCCGUUCUCAACAACUCAGCCACUAGUCAGAUAACUGAUCUGGUCUCCCAGGCUGAUGCAACAGCCCUUGUUUUCGUCAACGCUGACUCUGGCGAAGGCUACAUUGAAUACGAUGGUAAUGCAGGUGACCGAAAGAAUCUUACUUUGUGGGGCAAUGGAGACGAAAUUAUCAAGAACGUCUCUUCGCUGUGCAACAACACGAUCGUCAUCAUCCACUCUGUGGGACCUACUCUGCUCACUGACUGGUACGACUCGCCCAACGUGACUGCCAUCAUUUGGGCUGGUCUGCCUGGCCAGGAGAGCGGCCGUUCUAUUGUUGAUGUGCUCUACGGAAAGGUCAACCCAGCUGCUAGGACUCCGUUCACCUGGGGUGCCAAGCGUGAGGAUUACGGCACUGAUGUGCUCUACGAGCCCAACAACGGUGAUGGCGCUCCACAACAGGAUUUUACCGAAGGUGUUUUCAUCGAUUACCGCCACUUUGACAAGAAGAACAUCACCCCUAUAUACGAGUUUGGAUUUGGUCUGUCUUAUACUACUUUCGAAUACUCGGACCUGGCUGUCGAGAAGAAGUACCCGACUGCCUACAAUCCUACUGCGGGUGAGACUGCUGAAGCACCGACGUUUGGUGCCGGUUUCUCUACCGAUCUGAAUGACUACCUAUUCCCGAGCGAUUCGUUCCGAUACAUCUGGCAAUACAUCUAUCCUUACGUCAACACGAGUUCCUCAGCUGCGGAAGCUUCGCAAGACCCACACUACGGGCAGACCGCCGAUGAAUUCUUGCCGUCUAAGGCCAUCGACGCUGCUGCUCAGCCUCUUCACCCUGCUGGCCCGGCUCUCGACGGCGAGUCUGGUGGCAACAACGGACUGUGGGAUGAGCUCUACACCGUCACCGCACAGAUCACCAACACCGGUGAUGUCGCUGGAGACGAGGUGGUCCAGCUCUACGUAUCCCUCGGCGGGUCUGAUGAUCCUCCGGUCGUUCUGCGCGGCUUUGACCGCAUCCACAUCGAACCUGGCCAGUCGGUGCAGUUCAACACGACGUUGGUUCGCCGGGACCUGAGCAACUGGGACACCGCAAGCCAAAACUGGGUCAUCACCGACCACCCAAAGACCGUUUACGUGGGACCCAGCAGCCGCAAGCUGCCUCUCUCGGCUUCGCUGAGCUAG